UAUAAGUACCCACCACUCCGCCGCUCCCUCGAUCUCGCUGCCUCGGACCCUCGCAGGCCACCAGCCCCUCCCUCCGCUCCCUCGGCUCCAAGGCCAGAUCCGGCGGCAGCGAUGGCGGGGAAGUCGCACACGCACAAGGCGUUCCUGCUCUGCAACUACGUGCUCCUCGGCGCCGCCUCCAGCUGCAUCUUCCUCACGCUCUCGCUGCGCCUGCUGCCCUCCCCGUGCGGCCUCCUCCUGCUCUUCCUCCACGCGCUCACCGCCGUCUUCUCCGCCGCGGGCUGCUCGGGCUCCUUCACGGCGCCCGCCACGCCCGCCCAGUGGCACAACGCGCACACGGCGGGGGCCGCGCUCACCGCCAUCUUCCAGGGCGCCGUCGCGCUGCUCGCCUUCACCCGCACCUCCGAUUUCCUCGCCGAGCUCCAGUCCUACGUCCGCGACGAGGACGGCGCCGUCAUCCUCAAGAUGGUCGGCGGCCUCGGCACAGCCAUCUUCGUCCUCGAGUGGGCCGCGCUCGCGCUCGCCUUCUCCCUCCGGCUUGACGACGAGGACGACGACGACCUCCAUGCCAAGAACUGGCAGCCCUACAACGUCUGAUUGAAUGAUUGAUGCCAUCUGGUCUCUGGUGUGGUGCUAUCACAGCAACCGAGCUAAGAUAUGAAGAUUCGUUGAUUCUUUGCUUUCUGUUCUAGCAUGUAUUCUUGCUGUCAUUCUUUUGUACUAAUAUGUACUAUUGCUGUUACCUGUCAGCUGAAAAUGUCAAAGCAAAUAUAUAUUGCUUUUGCUGCCUUUGCUAUAAGUUCCAUGUAUUCUUCAGGUUUCAUGCAAACAGGUUACAAAAACC